UCAUGUCAGUGAGCCUUUUCCCCGCAUAAAGGUCUCCGCCCUAUUGUCUCCGCCUCGAGCACAAGCACACACUCACCGCAUAGACCGCACAGAGAGUGGCUCAACCACGCAAGUACACACAGGUGUGAACUGCAUGAAGGAAUGCGUCCGUUCGAGUGAGAGGUCUCAGUAGUAACGUGCAUCAGCCUGUGAGCACCUUUGCACCAGUUAUGCCUACGCACACACCCUUACGCGUGCAAGGAAAAACGACACUAGUCAGCCCUCAGCCCACCCACACACCAGUUCUGAUGGAUCGGUCGAUAAGACAGGCAAACCUGGUGCCACUAUCGCACAAGACACUGACCUCUAGUCACUAGACACAGAAGAGAGGUAGAGAAAGACAGACAGACAGACAGACAGGGAGAGGAGAAAGAACCUGGUUUGUUUGUUUAUGUACACGCGAAAGGGACAAUACCUACACAUGUAUACGUAUACAUAUUGGUGGGUGGGUGGAUCGGUAUAUGUAUAUAGCGCACCGAGCCAGCCAUCGCCAUUAAAUAGCAUCCAAUCAUAAAACGCACGAAUGCAAUGCAAUGCAAUGCAAUGCAUGCAUUGGUUGCACGUUCACACCACACACUCGUGUCGGCCGCAAACUGCAAUCCGCAUGAAUGGGAAAACUUGCAGAAGACCUGCGUACUGCCUAUGCAUAGCAGACACACUGCACCGUCAUACGCAUAAAUGCACGCAGUCACGCAGCCACAUGCACAAACACACACGCAGGCAGCCAUCAAAGCACAAAUGGCCCCUUCUGCACCCACCACCCCUCCCUCCCCGCUCCCUCAUCUACGUCCCCAUCGGCUGCCCCUGCUGCCCCUGUUGCUGCUGUUGCUGCUGUUGCUGCUGCAGAAGCAUGUCCGCAAGGUAUCGCUGCUGCACUGCCCGAAUGUCAACGCCUGGUAUCGAUAUCAGAUGCAGGUUGGCAAGUGUAGGCAGUGCCGCCGCCGCCGACUGCUGCUGCUGCUGCUGCUCCCCCUCGGGCGGCUUCUCGUCCCACGCUGUCCUCCUCCUGACCGCCGGCAAUGCCUCCCCCUCCCUCUCACUCUGACGCGACGGCCCCUCACCGUCAUCAGCACCCAUCGCCCUUGGUCGCUCCCGCUCCUCGCUGCGGGCCCUCUCCCUCCUGGCACGUUUGUGGUCCCUUGAGUCCCGACCAUUGCGGGAACUGCCGCGCUUUCGAGGAGGGCGGUCAGUGGACGGGGACCGGCUGCUGGACGGGUGCGAUUCGAUGACCCUAUCCUGAAACCCACUGCCGCCCCGCCGGAUCUUGUCGCGAUCCCGCCACCGGCGACGGUCGUCGGGGCGAUCGCGCCAGUCUCGCUCCUUGGACCGGUCGCGACACAGUGGCUGCUCUCCGUCCCUCUCACGGAUGGGUGGCCGCUCUUGCUGUCUCUCCCUCUCCCUCUCCCUCUCGCGAACGGGCGGCCGGUCUCGCUCACAGGGAGGGGUGAUCGCCGGUCUCACUCCCUCGGCGUCAGUGGUGGGCGACAUGCUGGGCGAUGGCUGUGGCUUGGUGCGGGAGAAGUGGAGGUGGGGGUCGAGGUCGGGAAGGUCCUUGUGGGGCGGGUGGGGGGUGUAGGUGAUGUUCUCGGGGAUGUUGAAGGCCUGGCGGACGGCCUCGGGUAUGGUGAUGUAUGGGUGGUGGAUGGGGGGGCCGUUGCCCUGCCGCAGCUCCUCGACGAAGGGCUCGUACAGCUUGAGCAGGGCGUCGGGGGCCUCCUCGAGGUGGCUCAACGCGUUCUGCAGAUCCUGCACUCACAAGACGACAGAACAAAACACCGUACCGUGACAGUGUCCUGCCUGCAUUUGGCUUGGCUGCAUGCACCCGUGUCUCUCUCUCUCUCUCUCUCUCUCUCGUCUCCCUCACCGUCGGCAGCUCGAUGUCGACCUUGCGAUGCGCCACGUGUGGGCGGCCCUCGUCAUCGAUAUAUGGCUCGUUGAAUGCGACGUGGUUGCAGUGCAGGAACACCCGUGGGCACCACCGCUGGUCCUCCUUGGCACGCUCCACGUAGGGCGAGCCCUCGGCGUAGGUGGUGUCGCGCACUAGGGGGUGGGGGGUGCCGGGCGCGGCGUUGUUGGCCAUGUGCACACGGAUCUGGUGAGUCCGGCCUGGCCAUAGAGAAAGAGAGAGAUCAGCCGCAUCGCAUCGCCAUCCCUGUGUGUGUUGGCAGGGGUGGAGUGACGUACCUGUGUCGAUUUUGAGUGUGACGAGGCAGAAUCCGUCUGUUGGGCUGUUGAUAGAGGUGCCCUUAUGCUUGUAGACCUUCUGCACGGUGAAGUGGCUGAUGGCGUGGGUCAAGUGGUUGCGUUGGCUCUCGUAAGCCUCGCGCGUUCGACGCUCCGACGGAUUGUACACCAGGCAGUUGUUGAUGGUGCCGUGCGGGCGGACCCUCAUCUGCCCGUAAACCUGCCACACACACACACAGACACACACAGAGAGAGAGAGAGGGGAAUGCGUGUGUGGCCAUCGCGUGUGUGUGGUGAGUUGACUGAGGGGGCUGACUGACCAGUGCGGUGUAGAUUUUGACGAAGUUGCGUCCCUGCAUCUCUGCGUUGAGGUACUGGUAGGCCCAGCUGUCUUUGGCGCACACGAUGGCGCCCGUGGUCUCGCGGUCCAGCCGCUGCAGGUAGCCAUACUGCCGGCUCAUGUCGCUCAGAAUCGGGUACUUGGCGUGGUCCAACGAGUGGUAGGACCAGCCCUGCAGACAACACAACGAGCAUGCAACAUCCAUCCAAGCAGUGACAAGCUUAGAGAGAAGGGUGUGUGUGGGUGUGGGUGUGGGUGUGUGAGUGUGUGUGUGUGGUGCGGCUGUCUUACGGCCAUCUGUGGUUUCUCGCCGUUUGUUUCCUUGGCGGUUUUCAUCUUGUCGACGGUCAGGUUGGGCAGGUCGAAGGGGUCCUUGGUGGCAGACAGCCAGUCGGGCGGCUUGUAUAAGACCCAACACCUGCACACAGACACAUCAACAAACGACACCGCACUCGCCAUCAUCUCCCUCUCUCCGUUCUCUGUCUUGUCUCGCUCACGAUUGCAUCUCCUUGACGACGCUCGGCACUGUCCACGGAAUGGCCUUGUCCCUCAUUCCACCCACCAGACCCAGCGACGCCGCAGCAGCUGCUGCUGCUGCCGCCGCCGCCGCCGCAGCAGCUGCGGCCGAUGCACCACCAGACCCAGCAGAGGCACCCGCACCCCCACCACUAUUCGUCCCCCCGUUGCCGUUGCCGUUCGCGACACCCAACAUAGCGCUGCCACUGCCGCUGCGAGAAGUGCUGAGGCCGCUAUCCGACCGCCCGAUGGCUGCCUUGGACGUCGGCUUGGCCGCCGGCUUGGUUGCGUCCUUCUUGCGCGGGAUGGGAGCCAUGGGGCGAGAUACCGUCGGCUGGGGUGGCUGCUGCUGGGGCUGCUGCUGCUGCUGUGGUGGUGGGGCCGAUUGAGUGGCUUGAGUGGGUUCUGGCUGAUUGGCGGCAGGUGCUGCUGGCCCUGACGGCACUGGUGCUGCUGACGCUGAUGGUGCAGAUGUGCCGUCGGGUGCCAGCAUCUGGGGCUCGACAUUCUGUUCGUCAUCGCCUGAGGACGCACAGGCAGACGGACAAAGAGACAGACAGACAGACAGGCAGACAGACAGACAGACGUGCAGACAUGCUGCUUCCGUGUUUAUUUGUGCCCCCUGUGCGGUGUGCGCGCCCUGACCUUUGUCUACCUCCAUGGAAGCAGCGCCGGCCUCUGGACGCUCCUCGCCUGCAGAACAUCAGUCAACCAAAGGAGCCUGUCUCUGCUUGGCUGCCUGCUCGCGCGUGUGUGAGUGAGUGACGUCUCGCACCCUGAGCAGACGGGGACUCCUGUGCUGUGGGCGGCGAUGGGCCGUCGUCCGUCUGGUAGGCCUGACCGGGUGACGGUGACGGCCCCUCCUUCUCUCCCUUGACCUCACUCGAUGCCGCCGCCUCCCCAGCCGAGCCCUCCUGUUCUUUGCCCCCCUUCUCGUCCUUCAUAAUGACGUCCUUCGUCGAUUCCUCCUCGGGUCGAGACAACCCGGCCGCCGCAUCGACCUCAAUGGCAGCCGCCAUGUCGGCCUCAGCUGCAGCGGGGGCCGCCUCUCCCUGCCCCUCUCCCUCUCCUUCCCCGUCCCCCUCCGUAUCAGCUCUCCGCCGCUUCUUGCGCGUGCGGCGGUCCUCCUUGGCCUCCUUGCUCUCCUUGGCGUGCUUCUUGUGCUUCUUCUUGUGCUUCCGGGGCUUCUGGGGGCGCUUGGGCUCGUUCUCGCUGUCGUUGUCCUUGUCAUUGUCAUUGUCCUCAUUGUCGUCGUCAUUGUCUGGCGAUAUGGCGGCGGCGGCGGCGGCAGCAGCUGCAUCUGCUGCUGCUGCUGCUGCUGUGGCUGAGGAGGGUGAGUGUGAGGGGGAGAGUUUCGUGUGGUGCGAUGAUGCCGCUGCCGGGGACGAUGGCUUGGGGCGCUUCUUGUCCGCGAGCCGACGACGGGCCUUGUCGCGCAGGCUGACAGGGAGGGGAGAGGAGGGGAGAGGAGGGGGUGGGGUGUGUCUGUGUCUGUGUCUGCUGCCUUGUGUGUGUGUGUGUGUGUGUGUUGCCUACCGUCUGAACCAUUGUUUCUUGACUUUGACGCAUCGCUUCAGGAGAAGAGGGGAACCCUCGAAGCUGAAGCGAUGACACACACCACACAGAAACACACGGAGAGUCACAUGGCGUUCGGCUUGCUCACCCUGAUGGCUAAUGGAAGGUGCGUUGCGGUGCGUACCUUGUCUUGGGUUCCCAUGUGUUGAGUUUGGCCUUGUAUCCCUUCCACUUGACGUAGUACUGACCGUGGCGAUCGUCCUUGGCCUUGCGGUACUCCUCUAUACGCUGAACACACAACCGAACCACAGAACCACAGCGCAUCGACACACAUGAGAUGAGGUGGGUGGAUGCUUGGGUGUUUGGGUGUUUGGAUGUUUGGAUGUUUGGAUGUUUGGAUGCGCGCGUGCUCACCUGGACUUCGUACUCGUUGACGGUGCUGUCGUCUUCGCUCUUGUCAUUGGACUCGUCCACAAGCUCGUCGCUCAUGUCAGAAUCAGCAUCACCUAUCAACUCCAUCCCAUCCUUCAACACACACACACAACACACAUUCCCCUGCUUCCCUUCGGCUCUCUCUCUCUCUCUCCCUCUCUCUCUCUUACCACUUCAGUCACGCUGAUGUCGUCACUGUUGGCGUCAUGCUCCACGCCACCACCGCCACCUGAUGCAGUCCCUCGGUCACUAGGCACACCACCAGACGACGCACCACCGCCGGCACCACCAGCAGCAGCAGCCAUAACCGCGGCGGCAGCAGCGGCUGCAGCGGCCACACGCCGCUUGGCAGAUGGGGGGGAGGGGGGCGGCAUGGCUCGCUUGUCGCGGUCGUCGUCAUCCUGAGGCAAGUAAGCAUCGACAAACAACAUGACAAAGCACAUCACGAAUGGGGGAGACGCUCUAUGUGUCUGUCUGCCCCCGGGGCGCCGCGCCCCGUCCCCACUCACUCACUCACUCACUCACCUGAGCAGCAGCGGCAUCCUCCUCCCCCUCCAUGACUACAUCGCGGGAGGCCUCCUGCCCCUUGUUCUGCUUCUUUCUCUUGCCGGCCCCCAACUCCUCCGAACUCUCCUCGGUCGCAGAGCUAUCGUUAUCGUCAUUAUCGUUGUCCUUGUCCUUGUCGGCAGCAGAGCCGUUGUCCCCGCCGCCCUCUGCUGCCGCUGCCGCUGCUGAUGCUGAUGCCGGUGACGGUGCUAUCUGGUUGACAGUGGUGCGGUAGAAGUCCUGUACGGCUGCGAGGAUGCCGGCGCCAUGUUCCUUGAGGGUGAACGACUUGGUCUUGUUCUCGCCGCGGUCGUUUUUCCACCGGGCCGUCAUGCCCCUGUACAGGCCGUCCUUCUUGAAGGGGGUCACGGAACGCGGAAGCUCCCCCGCAGCCUGAUUUAAAUAGAUGCAGUCACACACAGAGACGUGUGUGUGUGUGGGUAAAGGUCAGGUCAGGUCAGGUGAUAGCUCACCUUGAGCUCAUCCAUCCAUUUCUUGAAGUCGACAGCGGGGUCUGACGACGGCUCGCGCGACACGCACGGCGAGGUGGGUGCAUUCUCCUCCCUGGCCUUGCCACCACGGCCCUGCCCCCUGCCUCUCCCCCUCCCACGCCCCCCAGUCCCCUCGGUCGACCGCCCGGCACGCCCACUGCCACCCCGCCCUCGCGAUCGGCCGCGGCCACCGCGGCCCCUUUUGCCACGGGUGGCGGGCUUGAUGUUGUCAGAGGGCGUGUGUGAUGGUGGUGGGGGGAGCGAUGCGUCACGGUUGGAGUCCUCCUCGUCUCUGUCUCUGUCUCGUAUUGACGCGUCGUCCUCGUUGUGUCGGCCUCGGGGUCCCCCUCGCUGUCCGUCGUUGUCGUCUGAUGCUGAUGCUGACGGGGCGUGCCCGAUGGCGCCGUACUCGAUGUUGGCCUUGACGGGGUCCUCGCAGUACUGGGGGAGCACUGCGGGACACACACACUCAUUUGUUUGUGGUGGGUGGAUUGGCAUGGCGUGUGUGGUGUGUUGGGUACGCCUAGGUGGUGGUGUCGGGUCGGAGGGUUUGUUGCUCUUCUUGCGCUGCGUGUUGUCGAUGAUGAGCAUGGCCAUCUCGAUGCCCGUGAUCUCCUCGUUGUCGCCGUCCUCAUACUCAAUGCUGAACAGACCGCUGCUGCUGCCGUAACCUGACACAGUACCCUGCACAUGCACACCCACACAAACACAUGGGCAGAUCGGAUGAUCUGAUCUGUCGCCUGUUUCUCGCCCCCUCCCUCCCUCCCUCCCUCUCUCUCCCUGUUUCGUCUCGUACCUGGAAGUAGUAGCUAUUACGCGCAUCGUUCCACGCGUUGAAUUUGCGAUCGAUGACCGACUUGCCCAGAUGCACCCCCAGCAGCGGCACCCACCCACCACUCUGCCCACCACCCGAACCAACGCCCGCAGACGCAGCCGACGCACUCCCGGCACCUUUGCCGCGAGGGACCGCUGCCGCCGCCGCCGCCGCAGCAGCAGCAGCUGGUUCUGCUGGUUCUGCUGAGUCAGGCUCUGGUGGGGGUGGUAGGUUGUGCAUGUGCAGCGAGUAGAGUCGUUCGGCGAUGUAGCACUUGUACUUGGUUGUCAUGUUGGGGGGCAGGUCGACGAGAAUCUCGUCCCCCGGGUUGAGUGCCGUGCCGGGCCUCCGGUGCAGCAACAGGUGCGGCCACCCGUCGCGAUACACCUACACCCAUACCCAGACACACAUCAACCACAACCCACUCGUUCGUGUGCUGUGCUGACCGACCGUGGCGAUCUGCACGUUAGAUUUUCGCUUCUGCAUGCUCUGCAGCACCGCCGCCGGCUGAAAAUACGCGAGGCGGUUCUUGGCCGCGCGGAAGUCGAGCAUCAGGCUGCCGUCCUUUGGCACAGCUGGCCGCUGGAGCGGCUGCUCUGGCUCCGGCUCCUGCUGUGAGUGGGAGCUGGGUGUGUUGCCGUGGGGAGGGUGUGGUGGCGGGAGUGCGUCGUGGACGAAGCGCAGCGGCCAGAUAUGCCGGGGGUCGUUCCAUGACUCGGGCGUCUGCGGCACCACCUCACCCGUCAGCUCACCCAGCAACGUGAUGCUCUGUGUGCACGACAAACCAAACCAAUAGCCACAGCCACACACAAAACACACAGAUCAUCAUUCCAUCUGUGAGUUGAGUGCCCCCCUCCCUCCUCCCUCCCCACUCCCUCCCUGCCUCCUGACCUACCUUGUCUGAGGCAGCCUUCGGCUCGCCCCGGUAGACGCACACGAAGGCCGAAUCGUCUGCCUUAAGACCAGCACGCUUGGGGUGUUUUGGGUCGGUGACCCGCCGCAGUUCCAGUGUGGCAUUCUCCUGUCUGGUGGCGUCCUCAAAGAUGCGCAAGAGGUUGGGGUAGCCCUGCAGCACCCUCGACGAGGUGAAGUAGUGGGGGGACGCCCUGGCCUUGUCGCAGUAGUCCGCCAUCUGGUUCUUGAUGGCCGGGUCGCGGCACAGCUGGUGCCCGGCGUACUGCGCCUGGUCAUCUCGCAAGGCGUCCUCUAGCGCAACAACCGCUGAAUCAGAUGUCAUGAGUGCAGGGGUGAGGGCAGGGCAGGGCAGGUGUGAUGAGGCCGGGGCUCAGAACGGCCGCAUGAGAUCACAGGACGAGAGAGCGCGCGGAGGCCAGAGGGGCGCCAGAUGUGCGGGCCUUCUGG